CACUGUACUCAUCUACAACUAGGUACAUGUUACUGAUAUGCGUUAAAUUUGGGACCCUUUAUUCUACUAUUCCAGCUUUCAUGAUAAAAGAAUAAUUGAUAUAUGAUAUGCUGAUGAUUUUAAGAGGUGAUAAAAAAUGUGGAUGUUUGGUUUCUUUGGAAUGAGAACUCUGACUUCACAUUUUCGACCCCAGUUUGUGCUUCCAUGGAUGACUCGCAAGUUGUCUGCACGGGCAUACCAAAAUUUCAGUGUUAUAUUCAGUGCUUCAUGGGCAUCAAGCAGAGUUAGAAAAGUAUCAGUGGACAGUAAAAGUGUCUUAGUGUUUCCUCCAGCCUUGGAAUAUUCAACAGAUCUCAAGUCCCUGCGUCCAACCAAGGUGAAAAGGAUCAUUGAGAGAAAAAUUGAUGCACUGGAAACAGUUGACAAGCAACUUGAUUUUCUCAUGGAGGUUAAAUAUAUGACUGAUGUUGUGAAUCGCAUCGCUAUACUCUUUAAUAUUGCAAAGAUCAUAGAAAAAGAUAAAGAACAGAAGAAGGUUCUGAAACAAGAGAAAAGUAAUGCCUAUAUUGAAUUACUGGAUAGUAUUUUGGAGAAACUACACAGAUGCCUACCUCAGAAUCUUGCUGUUUUGAUGUGGAGCCUAGGAAUGAAUGGAGAAAAACAUAAAAAACUGUUCCAACUCUGUGAGAAAAAGAUCCUGUCUUGUGGCAUGUCAGUUUUUAACAAUGAAAACAUCUUUCAGAUUUUGAAUGGAUGCGCAAACCUCAACAUGACAAAAAGUCCAAUAUUUCCGAAGUUUGAACAAGCCAUUUUAAAUGGUGAUGUUAAAAUUAGCGAUCUUGCGGAUCAUCAUCUGUCUGGGAUAUUAUAUUCAUUUGCCAUAGCUGGUAAUGGUUCUGUAGAGUUAUUUGAAGCUUUGUUGGAAGAAUUUCUGUCAAGAGACAUGACUUCAAUGAACAGUCACCCUAUAGCAGAGUUUGUCUGGUCAUUUGCAAAGAAGGAACAGGAAGCUGAUGAACUGUUUGACAAAGUUGAGGCAGAAGUAAUAAGCAGAGACAUGAUGGAUCUAAACAAAACUGAUUUUGUUAAAAUUCUAUGGGCAUUUGGGAAAGCUGAGAAAGGUAGCAAGGAAUUUUUCCAGUCAUUGGAUCAUAAAAUUGCCUCCGUGGGUGUGACGCAUUUAAGCAAUGCUGAAAUCUUGGAUAUUGUUUGGAGUUUCAGUAAGAGACAUUUUUCAGGAGCGAUAUUUGAUGUUGUCAAGGAUGAGUUGUUUCAACGUGGUGUUCAAACACUCCACACACAUGAACUUGUGUUGAUCCUACUUUCAUUCUUUUCUGCUCAGAGACAUGAUGACAAAUUAAUCAGUGAAAUUGAGGACGUGUUGUGCAUUAGGAGUGUAAAACAAAUUGCAAGUACUCAGUUAUGCCAGCUUGCAUGGUGUCUGGCAAAAACAGAGAAGUCAGAUAGUGGGCUCUUUGACUCAAUUGAAGCCGUAGUAUCUCAGCGUGGCAUCAGUGUGUUUUAUAAAGAAGAAAAACUGUUGCUCUUGCAAGGAUUUGUUGAGGCCAACAAAGGAAGCAAAAAGUUUUACCAACUUUUAUGUUCUUCACUUUUAGCCAAGGAAUUGUCUGAUUUUAGUGAAAGAGAUAUACAGCAAUUUGCUUGGUGUCUCUCUCAUGUAGAUAUUGAAACAGGAGCAAUCUUUGACACCCUUGAAAAAGAAAUCUUCAAUAAUGAGAAAUAUCAGUUUACUGAGAAGCAGCUGAUUUCUAUAAAGAGGAGCUUUGAAAAAGUUGGAAAAGGAACAAAGGAACUGUUUGAAUUUGAAUUGUAAGGUUAAGUAGAAUGCUUUAUUCUGUCUUUUGUCAACAAAACCAUAAGCAAAAGGCACCUAGAAGGAAUAAAGGGUGAAGCCCACCUGCUCUCUUUGGACACACCCAUUUAAUGUUUCCUUCAGAACUUACUGAUCAAUCAGUGGUUUAAAAACAACAACAACAA